AUGUUGGAUGGGUUUGUGAUGAUGCUUCAGUUGUCACUAAUGCUUCUGUUGAUGGUGAAGUUGUUUCUGAUGUUAGCUGAUGUUUCUGGAGAGGACCUGGUGAUUGCAGAUGCUUCUGUUGAUGGAUGUGUUUCUGACGAGGACGUGGUAAUCGAAGAUACUUCUGUUGUCAGAUGGCUUUCUGAUGAUGAUUCUGUUGUCGAUGACACUAUCGAUGAUGUGGAGUAUGUUUCUGUUGAGGACUCGAUUCGCAGUGUUGAAGUGGCUGUUGUUGUCACUGAGGUUUGUGCUGUUAAAUGUGUUUCUGAUGGCAAUGUAGUUUCUGUGGAGACUUGUGUGGACUUUGGAUGUGCUGAGGUGAAAGGUUCCCGGGUAGUUGUUUCAGUUGAGGAAUCGGUGGUUGAUGAUUCUUCUGUUGUUGGACGUGAUUCAGACGAAGAUUCGGUGGUAGAUGUGAUUUGCGUUGAUUCAGAGAAGAUUGCCGCUGAGCUCUCAGUUACCAAAGGAGAUGUUGUUGCUGUUACAUGGGUUUCUGAAGGGGACACAGUUUCUGAGGAUAUUUGUGUUGUGCUUGGAUGGGUUUGUGUUGACUGCAUUGUUCUUGAUGAUUCAUGUGUUGUCGGAUGUGUUUCUGAAGAGGACGUUGUGGUCGUAGAUACCUCCGAUAUUGGAUGGGUUUGUGAUGAAGAUUCAGUUGUCACUGAUGUUUCUGUUGUUGGAUGUGCUUGUGAUGAGGACUCGGUAAUCAUAGAUACUUCUGUUGUCGGAUGGCUUUCUGACGAUGACUGAAUUUUCGAUGAAACUACCGUCGAUGUG